UGUUUUGUGGUAGAACUUGACACACCUCAAGAUGCCAGCGGUAAAAGUAAAGAAGCAGAGAUAAAAAGAAUAAAUAAAGAGCUUGCAAAUAUACGUAGUAAGUUUAAAGGUGAUAAGACACUAGAUGGCUACCAAAAAAAGAAAUAUGUAUGCAAAUUGCUCUUCAUUUUCUUGCUUGGACAUGACAUCGAUUUUGGACAUAUGGAGGCUGUUAAUUUGUUAUCAUCCAACAAAUAUUCAGAGAAACAAAUAGGUUAUCUCUUCAUAUCUGUACUGGUAAAUACUAACAGUGAUCUCAUCAAACUUAUCAUUCAGAGUAUCAAGAAUGACUUGUCAUCAAGGAAUCCGGUUCACGUCAGCCUGGCACUUCAGUGCAUAGCAAAUAUUGGUAGUAAAGAAAUGGCUGAGGCAUUUGGCCAUGAAAUUCCGAAAUUGCUAGUUUCUGGUGACACAAUGGAUGUAGUUAAACAGUCAGCAGCCCUGUGUCUACUUAGACUUUUCCGAACUUCGCAAGAAAUCAUCCCCAGUGGAGAAUGGACAUCGCGUAUUAUUCACUUGCUGAAUGACCAACACAUGGGUGUGGUAACAGCUGCAACUAGUCUGAUAGAUGCUUUGGUAAAAAAAAAUCCAGAAGAGUAUAAAGGCUGCAUUAGUUUGGCUGUUUCUAGGUUAAGUCGGAUUGUUACAGCAAGUUAUACAGAUUUACAAGACUAUACAUACUACUUCGUGCCUGCACCAUGGUUAUCUGUGAAACUUCUUAGACUGUUGCAAAACUACCCUCCUCCAGAGGACCCUGGUGUCAGAGGUCGUUUGAAUGAAUGUUUGGAAACAAUUCUCAACAAAGCUCAAGAACCUCCUAAAUCAAAGAAAGUUCAACAUUCAAAUGCGAAGAAUGCUGUAUUGUUUGAGGCAAUUAGUCUUAUUAUCCAUAAUGAUACUGAACCAAAUUUGUUGGUUAGAGCUUGUAACCAAUUAGGCCAAUUUUUAUCUAAUCGUGAAACCAACUUGCGAUACUUGGCUCUGGAAUCAAUGUGCUUAUUAGCUACAUCGGAAUUCUCCCACGAAGCUGUGAAGAAACAUCAAGAAGUAGUCAUUUUGUCAAUGAAGAUGGAGAAGGAUGUGUCUGUGCGACAACAGGCUGUUGAUCUUCUGUAUGCCAUGUGUGAUAAAAGCAAUGCUGAAGAAAUAGUUCAAGAAAUGUUGAACUACUUGGAAACAGCAGAUUACUCUAUUCGAGAGGAAAUGGUCUUGAAAGUUGCCAUUCUCGCAGAAAAAUAUGCUACUGAUUACACAUGGUAUGUCGAUGUGAUUCUGAAUUUAAUAAGGAUAGCUGGUGACUACGUAUCAGAAGAAGUGUGGUAUAGAGUUAUUCAGAUAGUUAUAAACAGGGAUGACGUUCAAGGAUAUGCUGCGAAGACAGUUUUUGAGGCUCUUCAAGCACCUGCUUGCCAUGAAAAUAUGGUAAAGGUUGGUGGUUACAUUUUGGGAGAGUUUGGAAAUCUAAUUGCUGGAGAUCAGCGGUCAUCACCGCAAGUUCAGUUCCAACUUCUACAUUCCAAGUAUCAUCUUUGCUCACCGAUGACACGGGCAUUGCUGUUAUCAACGUACAUUAAGUUUGUAAACCUCUUCCCAGAAAUUAAAACCCAAAUCCAGGAUGUCUUUAAACAGCAUAGUAAUCUCCGCAGUGCAGAUGCUGAACUUCAACAAAGAGCUUCUGAAUACUUACAACUCAGCAUUAUUGCUUCUACUGAUGUUUUGGCAACUGUGUUGGAGGAAAUGCCUGCAUUCCCUGAGCGUGAAUCUUCAAUCUUAGCUGUGUUAAAAAAGAAGAAACCGGGUCGAGUUCCAGAGAAUGAAAUAAGAGAAGGCAAAAGUCCUGGCCCCACUACAAAUCAUCAGACAGAACAACCUCCUGCACCCGCUCCAACUACUAAUAAUGUCUCUACAGAUCUUCUGGGUCUCUCUACACCACCUGCUUCUCAACCUUCCACUACAUCAACAAGCAACACUGGAGUAUUAUUAGAUGUUUUUGGGGACAUGUAUGGCGGGACUGGUACCCCAGCACAGGCAAACAAUGUCAAUAACUUGGCCCCAGCUCAAAGUACAUACAAUGCUAAGAAAUUUAUCUGUAAAAACAAUGGUGUAUUGUUCGAAAAUGAUCUUAUACAAAUUGGAGUAAAGUCAGAAUUCCGGCAAAACCUCGGAAGGCUAGGCCUUUUUUAUGGCAAUAAAACAUCAUUUGCUCUACAGAACUUCAUGCCAAGUUUAUCUAUUCCUGAUGAACUCCAAGGAAAAGUCAAUCUGCAGGUGAAACCUGUAGAACCUGUUCUCGAAGCUGGAGCACAAAUCCAGCAGAUGCUAAAUGCAGAAUGCAUUGAAGAUUAUUCAGAUACUCCAAGUAUGGUUAUCUCUUUUUUGUACAAUAACGUUCCACAGAAGUUGACAAUUAAACUUCCUCUGACAAUUAAUAAAUUUUUUGAACCCACCGAAAUGAACGGUGAAUCAUUCUUUGCACGGUGGAAGAAUCUUGGUGGAAAUCAGCAACGAUCCCAGAAGAUUUUUAAAGCCACCCAGCCAAUGGAUACUACUGCUACUCGGACUAAAUUGUUGGGCUUUGGAAUGCAAUUGUUAGAAGGGAUUGAUCCAAAUCCUGACAAUUUUGUGUGUGCUGGUAUAGUGCAUACAAGAACACAACAAGUUGGCUGCCUCUUACGCUUGGAGCCUAAUAAACAAGCACAAAUGUACAGGCUCACUGUGCGUUCAAGCAAAGAGAGUGUGUCCCAGGAAGUGUGUGAAUUGUUGGCUGACCAGUUCUAGUCUCGCCACUGUUAUGUGCUUAAAUUCAUCAUUUUGACCAAUGAAAGCAAGCGCAAGCUUGUCCUGUACGCCUGUAUGAUAUUAUAAAUCUAUUUAAAGAAUGGGUACAACAGUAUGGCUGCUCAUGUUCAUUACAUAAUUGUGGGAUCAUAAAAGUGUUGAAAUGUUACUUGUCUGCUUUAGUCAUAGACAAAAAUGUAAAGUAACAAGUUCUUGUUUUAGUCUGAUGAGGUUAUAAUACACAAAAUUCUCAAAAGCAAUGAUGCCUUUUUGUGUCAACAGGGGCUCAAUGCUUAAUGAGUGAUAAUUGAGAAUGCACAUUCAUAUUAGUGUCAUUGGAUAGAAACAAGAAUUCAUGGAUUUAAAAUUGAUUGGUCAGAGAUAUGUGCCGAGUGUUUCUGGAAUGAUUUUAACAAGAUGUGCAUGCAGUUGUAUUCUUUGUAUGUAUUGAAUUUUUUCAGAUUCAAUUCUUGUUGAUCUAAACUUCUUUUGCUCUAUUUAAACUAGAUGUGUGGGAAAUACUUUUGUUAUUGUUUACAUUGUGAUGUAAACUAGUAGGCAAAAAGUAGCAGUUUUUCCCUAUAUGUCUAGCAGGAUGCUAGGACCAGCUAUGUCAAAAUGGUACUAAUAUGAAAUGUAUUGUUGACUUGAAGAUUAUAUCAAGUCCUUCCUCUCUUCUUUUUUUGUUUUUGGGAUGCAACGGGGACUCAUGAAAGUUGUACAUACUUGUCAGUUAAUGCAUAUAACAAAAGAUGUAUUGAUGUUGUAGGUUUUUAUUUUUAAGCCCGGCUCAUCCCAAAUUUCUGUAAGUAGCAUUUGACAUUUGGGCUGUGUUAACAGUACAGCAGAAAAUGUGAAUAUUUUGUUUUUGUAUUACAUGUUUUCUAUUAGAAGUUUAUACCAAGAAAUUAUUAUACUUUAUUUAAUAAUGCAUAUAAUAUACUCUUGUGUUUUCACUUCUGAUGUUACUCUGGAUGUAGAUAUUGUUUAUCCCUUCCAGAUCCUGAAGUUGCACAUAAUCAUUAGCAUGUAUGGUAGGGUGUGAUACUUGUGUGGAUGUGGGUAAAAAGAGAGGUUGAUUGAAGUCUGAUCAAAAGCAAUUUAGUACCUUAAAAAAAGAAUCUACAUUUUGUGGACAAGUGUUCCUGUUAAAAGACACGGAUAGUUGUUGGCCAAGUGUAUGUGAGAAGUUUCUUUGUAUUGCCCUAAUAAACAAUUAUACACACACAUUGAAUAUUUAUCGCAAUAUACUCACUAUAGAGCUGGCAAGUUAUGCCUUUUAGUUCCUCUGUGGAUGUGACUUCUUUUCUAUUCUCAUUCUUUAUUUUUAGCUGGCUAAGAGUAUGGAGUCCAAUGUUAAGCUUAUAUGCAGCAAGUUGUAUCUUGAUCAAAUGUGUAAUGGAUAUAUAAAAGGUGUUUGACCAAUAUAAAAUUACCUUGCCAUAUUACUUUAUACUUAACAUUAUCUACAUCAGGGUUAUAUAAAACAGAUUACAUAUUUUGGUUAACUGGAUUUUUUUAAAACUAAAGCUUGAUUUAAAAAUUAGGUCUGUAUUUUGAGUCUAUUUUCCAUACAUAACAGUAAGUAAUGCAUUUGAACGUAGCCUUGUUAUGUAAAGGUAAUAGCUGUGCAUUAAAUUGUGAAUUCUGAUGUAUUAUCUAGUCACCUUUUUUUUAAGAAAAUUCCUUUCAAAUUGAAUAACUUUCCGGAAGAGUUCCUUUUUGUA